GUGAUGGUGAAAAAACAGACGAAAGGCAUGAGUGUGAAAAAGCCAUGAUGCUUCUUUCGAUUUUUUGAGUGGUGUGACAUUCAUCCGCGCGGUCCAUCGGCUUUACUUCUGUAAGAAAAUAUCAAACAUCAUACCCAAUAUCUCAAGUCAGACAACAUCAAAAAAAUGGAUAGUGGGUCGCCCGUCUCGGCUUCAUCAGCGGACACAGCCUCCGAAUCGGAAAAUCCAGGUGCGUUCGGGACAGGAGCAAGCGGGCCAGUUUUAUCUCUAACACCUUCUCUAUUAUGACUAUGGGUCUCAACGACAGCGAGGAGUCACAAGGUAGACGUACAAGUAUCUUCUGCAGGUUGCUCGUGCAGCAUCUUGCUAGCCGCGUGCUUGCGAUGUUGAUGUUCUUCUUCUUUCUCAACAAAUUUUUUUCGCCUGGCGCAGUUUGUUCCAGUUGCAGUCGGUGCCUAUUAAAGCCAUUGAUGGAGUGGGAUAAAAUUCAUUACUCAUAAUCCGAAGAGGGAUCUUAGGAAUACGACCAUUCAAUCACUACUACCUCUAAGUAUUUCAAAUGAAACCGGCGAGGUGCCUGCGGCGCCUUAUUCCCGACGUGCGUCGCGAACGAUUCACAUAGGCAAUUACGUUGAUGGCGGCUUGGUUCGCCGCGAAUCGAAUUGUGAUCUGAUGAAAAAUUUAGGAGAUGCUGGCAGUAGCGCUGGUGACGGCACUGGAGUCGAUACCAAACUCUUAGAAAAAGAUGCAGAUAUUACGCUAAGAAUUUUGGAUGAAUCGACCCAUUGAUUUUUUUCGACUGUAGAUCCUCGUGCACAGAUCGAUGUAUAGACUUUCACGGAUCCUUCCUUGAUUUUCACGGAUCCUUACGUAUAUCCUGUUUAGAGAGACUCUUAGAACUUAAGCGUAGUUAGUGUUUCAUCACAGAUCUGCUUUUCCUUGGUGACAGUGGUUGCAAGUCUGACUAUUUUUGCAAACUGAUAGGCGUGUUGUCCUUGUCUGGCAGUGUGUCUCCCGAAGUGAGGAUGACACCAACGAACGAACUACUCUUUUAAUAAUUGCCGCGUGAAUCAGAAAGCAGGGAAAUCGUGCGACCAGUCCGAUGCCGCUACACUUGGAAAUAAGAUUUAUUGCAGGAAAUGAAUAUCCUCUUCAAUCUUCCCAGCGUGCGCUAAAAAUGACCACAGGAUGAAGCACCUUCAGGUGCAUCUUUAGGACGCUUGCUCUAAAGAUUAAAAUUACAGCAAGAUGAACAAGCAGCGUACGGUGGAUGUCAACAAAAACGCGGAACUGAACCCUUUGAUGACGUGCUCACCCUGGUUCAAGGCCAAAUCCAGAUUAUGAUUCGCAAUAAUUCUGAUUCAUUACCUCACAGAUUCAGAUAUCUUCUAUCUACUUAAUCCUGGAAGUAAAGUUUGUUGAAAAUACGUAAUGUUCUUGAGCCUAGUAAAUGUUGUGAACGCGAACGGCAAGGAAUAAGGAUGUUCUGAUUAGUCUGUCUAUGCCCGGGAUGAUGGUUUCAGCUCAUUUUUAUCGGCACGACUUUUCUCACGCUUGCUUGAAUGAUAUUCACUGUGAGCUCUAACCUAGAGGCCGCAGUUUUCAUGCGGAUAGAUCCGGAGGUGUUUGAAAUCCUGAGGCAUCCGAAAAAUCAGAUUACCAUAAAUUUUCCAGUCAAGCUAGGCUCCGGCGCACUAAAAAUGUUUACGGGAUUCCGCGUUCAGCACAACGAUUUGCUCGGUAAGAGCGUACGAUGAUUUUGAUUUAUUUAACAAGGAAGGACUGUAUCGUCCCGCCGGUAGUCGAGGAGUAGUACUCGGGAUGCCAAUCAAUCAAAACAGCAACGAAGAGCAUCUACAUCAGCAUAAGUACACAAUAGACUGAUAUUUGGUCUUCAUGUGUUUUCCUUUUCAUCAAAAGGAGGACGUUCUCACCAGGUCCCUGCAAGGGAGGAUUGCGCUUUCACCCAGAAGUCGGAAUGGAGGACGCGAUAGCGCUAGCGCAAUGGAUGACCAUAAAGUGCUCUCUUCAAGAUCUACCGUUUGGCGGCGCAAAGGGAGGACUUUCUCUCGAUGUCAAAGAUUUUUCCAAGUAUGAAAGGCCUGACUAGUACUAGUACUACUUACUUAAGCAGUAGUAGAUUGCAUUAGUCCCGCUUUUUGUUUUUUCUAGGUAGGCUGGCUCCACCACUGUAUGAAUUAGAAACUGAACAUCAAGGACUAGUCCUACUGAAAAAAGCUACGGAGGUACUGAAAAAGGCUUUCAAACAAGAAUAGGAAGCAUAUACUUGAUUAUUCGAGCUCGUCCCUGCAUAGAUUAUACCAUUUCUCAUUCAUCAGCUAGACCAGCUUGUAGUGUUGUAAAAACAACAUGCCACCUCUUGCAAUAAAAGGACAGUAGGUAAUAUGAAGCCCACGACUCUACGGGAUGCGUUUUGGUCUCAACAUCCCCACUAUUUUUCAUACCAUAGAAGAACUGGAGGAGAUAUCACGGAGCUUCUGUCGUGGUCUGUACCCGUACAUCGGAAAUAACAAGGAUAUUCCCGCACCCGAUGUAGGCACGAACGCACAGGUCAUGGUUAUGAGGAUACAACAAUUUUCACUUUAUCGUAAGAACAGAACAUACCGCUCCCAGUGGAAAUAGAACCGGGAAGAACACACCACAUGAUAGGCAGUUGUUAAAUUAGAGCACGAUUGACUUGAAAAAUAUUCGUAAAUGUAGUCUAGGAGAUGUUCUCAAAAGGCGAGUUGUUGCUGACACAUCCAUUCUAACGAGGACUGGAUGAUGGAUGAGUAUAACAAAGUAAGCGGCAGUGCCAGUAUUACGACUUGCAACAUGAAAAGCGUUUUUACCGGCAAAAGUCUAGAGUUAUGAUUUUAGCAGAUGAAUUCAGAUCCCAAGAAUGAUUGAAGGCUGAAAUACGGAAAUUGAGAGUUCUUCAUCUAGAAGAAAAUGGCAGCAGCGGCUGCGUCUGCGGCAUUUCAGCCAAUAUUUAAGUUCGCUUCAACCCCUAAGCCAUCUAUGGGGCCUUUUGUAGUAGUUGACGAGCAUCCUUAAUAAUUUCAAGCUGCUGGCGUUCCUUCCUUUUGAUUUCUUUUCUUGAUUACAACAAUACAUUAACUUUUUUUUCUAAUUCACUGUGGAGGGAGCGAGUGCCGAGAAGAAGCUACGGGCAGAGGUGUAGCACUAUGCAUUCGUGAAUGGGCCAAGAUCAACGGGUUUGACCUGAAGGGGAAAACCUACAUUUUACAAGGCUUCGGAAACGUCGGCUCUCACACGGCAGCCAUUCUCUCAACCUUAUGACAACAUGAAACGGAUAUUAUCUAGCAUUUAAGGGUAGUUUUUUUCUAUAUGAGUUCGUUGUACUGCUCCGUCCUUGAACCAAAAAAUAGCGUUUAAGAGGCGCAAGAUGAACUAUCCUUUGCGCAAACAUGAGUAACGCUUCUAAUAGUUUAUGGGAUGGUGCUCAUCGGAGUGGGAGAUCACACAGGAUAUCUUUAUUCGCGUGAAGGGUUUAACGUUUUCAAACUCAAAGCCUUUGUGGAGGAGCACCGCACGCUCCAAGGGUAUCUAUUCGAGUUUUGAAUUCGCUAUGGUAUUGGGGAAACGCUCCUUCUCUUCUUCUUGUCGUUUUUCUUGUUGUUCGUUUCUGUCUGUCGUGAUUGGAGGUUGUGCAUCAUCUACCCCCCUUACACGUAUACUUAGAUACAGUCGCGACCUCGAGGGUUUUGGCAUACAAAAGAUCGCGUCACGAAAAGAGUUUUUCGGCAUCCCUUGUGAUGUUGUUAUUCCUGCAGCACUGCAAUUACAAAUUCUCGAAGAGGAAGCUGCCGCGUUGGAUUGUAAAUUUUACGGCGCCAACUUCUGGAGAUGUUGUAGUGUUAUUUCAGGUCUUGAUUCUACGAGUCGAUAUUUUUCACCGCAACCGGACGUUUUUUGACUGGGUUUCCUUUGGUGUUUCAAGUACAUGUCAUCCGUCGUAGUUAAGUAUUAGUCUGGGCCGAGUAAUACCGAUGAACAUAACCGUAAGUAGAAGAUCCGAAAAUGAUCGAUCUUGGAAAACUUGUACCACAGAUGGAAUGUUCUUCUUCUAAGUAUCAGUGGUGGAGGCUGCGAACGGACCAAUAAGCGGUCCUGCAGAAGACAUUUUAGAAAGAAAACAGAUCUGCAUUAUACCAGGUACUUGCAUUAUACCUGGUAAAGUAUUGACACUGCUAUAGGUGCUAACAAUUACCUCGUAAUAUCUCCAGUGUAUUUCAUUUCGUUUUCGUUUGAAAGAUAUGCUACAGACAUAGAUACUUUGUGUGUUUCUUCUUUAGCGCCUCAAAGAAAUGUAAAGCCUCUUUCCUCGUCUGACUCUAUGUCCAUCCUUUGAGUGACUCCAUUUCGCGUCUCGCAGAUAUUUUAGCGAAUAGCGGCGGCGUGGUGGUAUCAUACUACGAAUGGAUUCAGAACAAACAAGACUGGUUUUGGGGCGAGGAUCACGUCCGAACGAAACUGACCGAGAAGAUGACCGAAACCUAUCAAAAGGUGCAUCAACUUUCGCAAGUUCGCAAAUGCUCACUACGGAUGGCUAGCUACGUCUACGCCCUCGGACGAUUGGAAAAGGUCUACAGAAAGCGUGGCAAGUUUCGAUAAGAAGUGUAGUGUCUACAAUCCACAAUUUUGAUAGCUUAUUUUUAGUCUCAAUAGCACUUAACAAUAUGACGUAAAAUAUAUUACUGGUAAAGCGACCAGUGUGUAGUUUCUUCUACAUAAGUAGUUACAUGAUGGUAUUGGUACUCCAGCUCGAGAAAGAACCCAAGAAGAACUCUAUGAAGAGCUACUGACUUUCAAUGCACAAACCCACUAGAGACACGAUGUUGUUGGUUGAACCAACUACUUUGAAAUUUGAAGAAUCUAGAGGUCAUUAUCCUGAUUGCAAAGAAAAAACUCAUACAAAAGCUGAUACAGAGCAAAGAAAGGAAUUUGUUUAAGGUACGCUGACUCUAGAAACAAACACAGUAACUCAACAGCUGGGUCUGAUAACAAAGCUUGACGAGCAAGUCCUCGCAUUUUGAAAUUUUGUUUCUGUUUGUGUGAUGCAGGUCGCUUCACCCGAGUUGCCACAUACUUACCAAUGAUGUGCAUUGACUGUUUUUGGGCGCAAUUCUGGCAGUUUUGACCGAUGAAUUCGAACUUUUCCCAGCCUUUUUGUUGUGCCACCAGUCAUAUGAAAUAUAUUUCUCAAUCAUGCAUCGAUGGAAGGAUGAUACGAACGAUGCUGCUGUUCUUCG